AUGGGUGCAUCAGGCUUAGGUUCUGCUUUAGCAAAUUGCAUUAAUCUCUCAAAUUUGACACUUAACCUAUAUUGGAAUAAAAUUGGUGCAAUGGGUGCAUCAGGCUUAGGUUCUGCUUUAGCAAAUUGCAUUAAUCUCUCAAAUUUGACACUUAACCUAUAUAGAAAUUAAAUUGGUGAAAUGGGUGCAUCAGGCUUAGGUUCUGCUUUAGAAAAUUGCAUUAAUCUCUCAAAUUUGACACUUGAACUUAGGUAAAAACAGUUUAUUUGUUUUGGAUUGUGA